AUGGUCACUGUCUUCCAGAACAUCAUUUUGGACGAUGUUCGGGAGAUCUUGAGUAUCUGCCCAGACCUGACAGAUGAGGAAGCCGAGUGUGCCCUGAAAUUGCACAACUAUAGGGAGGAGGACGCAGCUGCAGCCUUGACAUCAGGGAUUGCCUUUAGGCGCAAGGUGCAGGCAAUGUGUGGCAGCACCCGCCCACUGCCUAGCACAGCAGGGCCAUCGAAUAGGCUGCCGGCGCCACAGUGCCAGAGCAGGGGCACCUUCACAGUAGGACCUGUGGGUGCACGCCCUGCUGGCGACUUCCUGAAGCACAUCGGAGAUGGUGUGUUUGUGGGCACCUUCAGAGGGAAAGGCUGGGAGCUGUACAAGACGCGCCCGCUGCCUCGGCCAAAGAGCCCACCUCCCGCGCCACCCAGCGCUGCAUUGCUCCAAGCUCAGCACAAGAAGAGAGGCCGGCCACCGAAAGCUCGAGAGCCCAGUCCGCCACGUCCCAGGUUGCCAAAGCGGCGUGCCCUGGGCGCUGCCAACACCGAGCCGCCGCUGUCUCCGCCAAAAGCCGCGCGGCGCCGCAGAAGUGGCCGCCUAAGGUCCCCCGACACUCUGCCUGGCGUGGAUGUCCCUGUCUCAGGGGAUGAAAUGCAAUGGGCGGCUCAGAAAGGCAGCUCAGAGCCAGGCAGCGAGGCGCCUGUAAUCUCGGACGGGGAAGGGCAACCAUCGGGUGAUCUGGGUCCUGAAGCCAAGGACAGCGCCGAUGAACAUCGACCUGGAGGAGAAGGAGAUGUGCAACCGCUGCCGGACAGGGCAUCUGCAGGAGUGCUCGAGGAUCUUGCAGAUUCUCACCAGAACGAAAACCACAAAAUUGUGCACGAGGCGGAGGAGCGCGCUAAUAUCACUGGUGCAGAGGAUGAGGAGCCAGGCGCCCCGCUGGCAGCUUCUCCUAGGGAUGCACCGGCUUCCCAACAGGUGGCAGCUGUGCCAAGGCGUCAGCGUGACAGCCGCCGCUUCAGGAAAGGCACCCCUGCGCUCCCAUGGACGGAUCUUAGCACCUCUGCUGACCCAGAAGGUGAGCCAGUGCAUGCUGAGGCUGGUGCCAGCAAUGCACGCCAGUCAACGGCAGACCAGCAGGCUGAUGUGGCCCAAGCCUCAGCAGCGGUCAGCAGCGGUGCCCUGUCAGACAAAGAACCUGCCCUGGAACAGCAGACUCCAGCAGCAAAGGAAAGAUUAGAGCCGGAUGGAGUGGCAGACGGUGAUGAGCACCCGGCUCUGCAGGACCAUCAAGUCGUGGACGUGUCCUCAGAAGAUACGUUCAAGGCCAAGCGCAGCACGCGCGAGCGCGCCAGCGCAGGCAAGAAUUGCGACGACACCGAGAAGCAGGAAGCCGAAGACGCGCGGCCGAAGCGCCAGCGGCGCGCAUCAGCCAAGGCAACGGAGGCGCUGCUGAACAUCACGUUGGCGGCAGACAUGCAAGAGUGGGGAUAUGGUGACCCGCGGGCAGCCUCCUCCAAACCUGCCCAGGGACAGAAGAGGACGAGCGCAGCCCUGGGAAGCCAGCCGCACUCUCCCAGGAGGUCUCCUCGUGCGCACGCUGCCAUACGCUCCCCCGGCGUUGCUGCGGCAGCCGCCGCACCGGCACCGCUGGUCAACAAGCCUCGGCUAGGGCGGGUGAAGCGGUGCAGCAGCAAGCAGGUGGAGCUGCAGUGCAUCGGCGAGCUGCGCCUGGAGCACGGCUGGCACAACAACGGCUACAUCUUCCCCGACGGCUUCUGCACCCGCACCGUCUUCCGCUCCUCGGUGGAGCUGGACCAGCUGUGCAUGCACACCUGCAGCAUCCUGGGCCGCGAGGGCCCCAACUGGCCGGCGCCCACCUUCCGCAUCGUGGCAGCCGACCGCCCAGACGAGGUGCUGGACGCCAAAUCUCCCACGGGUGCCUGGAACGCCGUGCUCUCACGUAUCAACAGCGAAAUCGAGGCCAGGCGGAGCGCAGGAGCGGAUUUGCCGCCGCCGCCCAAGACAGCAAUUGCAGGGCCGGAGUACUUUGGGCUGACACACCCAGAGCUGCUGGAGCAGAUUGAGGCGCUUGACCCUGAAGGUCUUUGCACCGGCUAUUGGGCCGGGAAGGAGGACCGGCUGGCGUACGGGCAAGUCCACGGCAUAGCCCCGGACAGGAAGGGCACACAGGGGAGUUCGGCUGCAGCGCUGCCGAGAUUGUUCCCUGCCCCGUCAGGAGGCGCCGCACGCCGCCGCAGACGGGGCGGCCGGGGGACAGAUGCCGAUAGAGAUGAUGCGGACGAGGCGCGGGACAAUGAGGAGGUGUAUGCGGGCAACAGGUGGUCGGGUCUGGACCGGGCCGAGCGUGCCAGGAGGCGUGCGGGCGAUGGCGGCAGCACGGCCGUGGCUGAUGCAGACAAUCCGCUGCCCCAUGUGAUCGACCCCAUCACGCUGGAGCCUGUGGUGACGCCUGCCAUGUCACCGGCCGGCCAUGUGAUGGGCCUGGCCACCUGGAUUGCUGUGCUGGCGGAGCAGGGCAAGUGCCCCUUCACACAGCAGCCGCUGCGCAGGGACCAGAUCACCGUGCUGACCAAGAGCAACCUUGACCGAUUCCAAGACCGCCUGAAGCUGCCAUAA